AAGGCACUAUAAGGAGCAGUGUGUGGGAUUCCUCGCCAAAAUAUAAUGAGCAUGCUUGUCCUGAGCAAUGUUACGUAUCAGCAUUAGUGUGCGAUGGGUUUGGAGUGAUUGGCGCCGGUGCAUUGUGCCUUCGUGUGCUCUACAGCGCUGUAAUGAGCAGGUGGCUUUUUACGAUGAAUCUUAUUUGGAUGCAUGCUUCUUCAGUGGUUGGUGUAUAGUUUUUACCAUUAACCGUGUGACAUUGCUCAGGCAUCUUUAUGGUGGGAUGAGUUUGGUGUAUAGUUUUUACUAUCCAGUUCCCACAUUGUGAUAUUGGCCAAGCAUGAAAUGGGAUUUACUCUGGCGUAUAGUUUUUAUUACCCACCAUUUAGAUAUUGGCUGUGCAGUGUGAGUCUGAACCUUUCGUUUUUGCCCAGAUUCAAUCGCUGAUGAUAUUCAGCAUCUCAUUGUUUAAUACUGUCUGAAAGAGAAGAAAAACGGCAUUUAUUACACUUUUUCUGACUGUUUAUUUCUAAUAUGGAAUAGUCUCAUCUUAUAUACAGAUUUUGAGAGAACUGUGUCAGUCAACAAAGGAAUAACGGAUUUAUAAACCAAUGGAUGUGUGAAAAUAAUUUUUGUUGAGGAAUAAAGCAAGAUUUUAUUGGAAAUGAGCUGAAGUGCGAUUAAGGACAUGUUUUGAGCAAAGUUGCAUCAGAUUUGACCUCACAAUUUCCUGAGGAGUAUUUCAUAGGGUGCCAUAGCGACCAUCAUGGAGGUGGGCUCGCGAGUGGUGGCCAUCUUUGAUUUUGAGACGACGGAGCCCGGAGAGUUGGCGUUGAAAGCGGGAGAUGAGGUUGAUAUUACGUCGAGAAUCAAUGAGAACUGGAUAGCUGGGACAUGUAAUGGGAAGACUGGAACCUUUCCUGCUAACUUUGUCAAGCCUGUUGAUGAAGCAAGCUCAAACAUAUCAGAGAAGAAGCCCACUUCAUAUCAAGUCACGGCAGUACAGGAUUAUCAGAGUAGCACAGAGGGCGAUCUCUGCUUCAAAACAGGUGACGUAAUAAGUGUUUCACACCAGAUUGAUGAGCAUUGGUUGGAAGGAACAUUGGAUGGUAGAUCAGGGAUAUUUCCAGUUAGUUACGUGAGUAAGGACAUCUCUUGCACCAACCAAGCAGCAAUACUAGAAUACGAGGCUAGAGCCACUCAGAAUGUUACAGGACAACUCAGUGAAGAACUGACCUUCAUGAUCGGUGACAUCAUCACUAUUACGGGAAAGGUUGAUGAUGAUUGGUUGAAAGGAAGAAUCAACGGCAAAUCAGGAGUAUUACCAGCAAUAUGUGUGCAACCACUCGAUACAAACUCAUUAAACGGGCCAAAGACUGAUGGAACAACCCAGGGUUCUGAUUUAAACUUUGAUGUGUUGGAUAAAGCUUUCCAAGGGACCAGUACUACAGUGGGCGCAACGGGAGAAAGGCCACAUGCAAAGACAUUGUUUCCGUUCAGUGCGGAGAGAGACUGCGAACUUAGCUUCAUGGACGGUGAGACUAUAUAUCUCAGAGUAAGAGUGGAUGAGAACUGGUUAGAAGGAGAGCUUGAUGGGAACGUUGGACUGUUUCCCGCAGAAUUUGUUGAGAUCCUUGUGGAUAUUCCUCCUGGGUAUGUUCCUCCAGAGGCAAAGUCAAAGAAUGUUUCUCUGAAGCAAGGUAAAGCAUCGGGUAACCCGGUGCUGUCCUCAUCAUCAACACAGGGUGAAGUAGCUGUUGUUAAACCUCAAUUACUUGACGUUGGACAAGAUAAAGGUGUCACUCCUGUUAAAGGUAGACGAGGGAAAGUCCUGUAUGACUUCAACCCUGAAACAGAACACGACGUCUCGGCCAAACAAGGUGAUAUCAUCACCAUUAUGAGCAAACCGGACAAUGAGUGGUACGAAGCUAAGAAUCCUGCCGGUAAGGUUGGUUUCAUCCCAAUCGCUUAUGUGCAAUUAUUAGAGAAACCAAGGACUCCAUCUUUCAAGAGACCUGCUCCCCAACCACCGGGGGUGAAACCAUCAAAGAAAGGCACGGCUCCAAAUGUUCCUAAAGGAGGACCUUCAGAUAAUAAUGCCAAUGAUUUGUUUUCACUUGACCAGCUUGGGACCCUCGAUUCACGGAAUACAUCAGCUCAACCUGAUAAUCCUAAGCCAAGUUCCGGUGGUGGAUUGGAUGAUUUGUUGUUCUUUGAUCCCCUGGGUGGAGGUACGGAUCCUCCCCUCGCACCCUCAAAACCAGGAUCCCAUAAUCCUACACUUCCACAUGCUUUCAAACCAGGUGGCAGCACCUUCAAGCCGGUGUCCUUUGCAGGGAAAAGUACAGCCAACACUGCAACUGUUGCUCCUAUGACCGCCGAAAUCCAAAGUUCAUCUCCUGCCCCACCUCCUCAACCUAAUAGGGGAAAUUCCCUUCUUGACAUGAGUCCUGUUGAUAAACCGAUGUCUCCUGUAAUGAUGCCAAUGGCUCCUGUCGAUGCAAGCAAUAUAUCGUCAGAGCCCAAACCUACAAUGACCAAACAAGAAUCCCUUGAUAGUCUUUCAAAGUUUGACAUCCUUGCCGCAAGGCCAUUCAAUCCCACUAGCUCUAAGCAGAUCAGGAGUGUGCAGCGUCCAGUAAAUAGAGGUUCAUCAUCAAGCAGCAUAGAUGCCAGUGCUGCCAUUCACUCCACCGCUGCUAUGUCUGGAGGCUCAGAGCCGGUGGUCCGAGAUCCAGAGCUCUUGACGAUAUCCCAGGUCAAUCAGGACUUGGAUCGUGCGAUGCUGGAAGGGAGUUCACCGAACAAUAGUGCUGGUUCAGGACUUCUGACAUUAUCCCAAGUCAACUCAGACCUUGACAAGGUAAUCCAGGAAGGCAGCCAGGAAAUGACACCAAACUUCAAUGCAGCCUUCAGCAGUGAGAUGGAGGCUGUCAACAAUGUUCCUUUAUCCUUUGAUCAGGAUGAUUUCAGACCACCUGUUCCUCCGCGCCAACCGUCCCCUAACCCAUUUGCCGCAGCUGUCGAGGAGCAGCAAGCAGAGAUGCAACCCAGCAAGCCCCAAUCUUCCAACCCAUUUUCUGCUGUUACUCCUCCAGGAGAGGUGGACAAUGCCUUUGCAAAUUCAUUUGAUCCAUUACAAAGUGUUCCAAAUGCCACCCUUCCUCGAGAUGAUAGUAUCCCAUCGGACAUGUCUGAUGAUGCCUUUGCCCAAGGGAUCAACUUCACCAUCAACUCUCCUCUCAGCAUCCCUCAGGAGACCCCUCCUACCUCCACCUCCUUCAAGCUUCCUCCUCCACCAUCUCCUGGCAAGCGUCCGAUGGCUCCGCCCAAGCCGCAGAAGUUUGAUCCUCGGAGCGCAGUGCCCCGUCCACGGCCUAGAUCCAGAUCCAGCGUGGAGAGCAUCGAGGCUGACAUACCUCAUCCGCCCCCGUCCCAGAAACCUGCUCUUCCUCCCAAGCCAGACCUGGAUCUCCUAUCUGACACCCAGCGUGCUGCUAACCCUGAGCUAGCAAACUUUGAGGCCAGCAUUCAGCAGAUAUUUGAUACGUCAAAGUGGGAGACGGACGAGGCAGAGGUCCCGGGUCAAUCAGCACCAGUUCCACCACCUCCUGUCACCAGAGGUGCUUCUCUCCUGGAUCAAGAUCUUGGUGUUAUCAGUCAAGUUCUUCAGCAACAUUCCUCUACGAGUAAAGGUCCGUCUGGCCAGGCUGCAGUAGGUGAUCUUCUAGGAAUUGGUGGGGUAGAGGAGACAGCGCCCUCUCAGUCCAAACCCAGUAGACCAGCUCCAGCUAGGCCAGCAAUGCCAGCAAAGAAGCGAGUCCCGCCUGGUAGACCUGUUCCUCCGAGACUAGGGCCAGGUAUGAAGACGGACCAAGAUGGCACAUCGGGAGCAGUGAACGGGGAGGGGCACGCUGCCGAGGCUGUUGCCAAUUUACAGAGCAAGAUAUCACAGCUCAAAGAAGAGAUCGAGACCCAGAGACUUCAAAAAUCCAAUCUAGUAAGAGAGUGUGCAUUCGUUACUGUGGAGAAGGAUAAAGCUGAACUACAGCAACAGAUAGCUGAUGAAGAACUAGCCAUUUUGGAAAAAGAGAAGCAAGUCAAAUCUUUACAAGAUCAACUUUCAGAGCUGAUGCCCGAGCCGCCUCCCGCGCCCAAAAUGACACCGGCCGAUUUCAGAGAGAAGGUGGUGAAAGAAUUACUGAAGACGGAGGAUGAUUAUGUGAGGGAUAUCAAACUCUGUCAAGAAGGAUUUAUGACUGUCUUACAAGAAAAUCAGAUGAUUAUCAGUGAGAUUUUGAUAGCGCAGGCCGAAGAAGAAAUGGAAGAAUUGGAACGGAGCGGAGAGAAGAAGAAAGCGGCGAAAGGUCUGGAGCUGGAUGUAUUAUUUGGUAACAUGGAGCAGGUCAUAGAGGUUGCAGAGAGCUUCCUCAAGGAGAUUGAAGCUACGGCACAAAAGCCUGUUGAGGAUCAGCUUUUUGGUAAAAUUUUCAUGGAUCAAUCCCGUAGUCUUCAUGAAGCUUACGCACAGUACUGUAGAAACCACGAUGAUGCUUCCGCUCUCCUAGAAAAGUAUGAAGAAAAUCCAGAAGUGCAGGAGUAUAUCAACCAAGGUCUAGAACUAGUCAGACAAAGUACCAAUUGUUGGGAUCUUGCUUCAUUUCUCAUCAAACCAGUUCAAAGAAUACUCAAAUAUCAUCUACUCAUUGCUGAGCUUUAUAAGUAUACUGAUGAAGACCACCAAGAUAGAUCGACCCUCAAGCUUGCUCUCACAACCAUGACAGAGGUUGCCACGGAUAUCAAUGAAUUCAAGAGGAGAAAAGAUUUAGUAUUGAAAUACAGACAUCGAGGUCAGGAGGCAAUCACCGAUAAACUAGGGAAGAUUAAUCUACAUUCACUCCGAAAGAAAUCCCAAAGGAUUAACCAAAGAUUUACACAGAUGACCGGUCUCGGUACACAGACUAUUGAUGAAGAGUUUGACAAGGCUGAGAGGCGUUUCCAUACCUUAGAGAAAACCAUCAAAAUCUUCGUCAAGGAUGUCCAUGCGUAUCUAGAACAACUCAAGGAAGCAACAUCAGUAGAAGCCACAGUGGGAAGUGAUAUAUCAGAUUACUAUGCCAACCAAUCUAACCUUCACGAGGUCAACAAAUACGAAGCAGUACAAAAUCAUCUUGCCAAUAAACUCUACAAAGAUUAUACAUUGUUUGUCCAACAGAGAGUAAUGUCUCCUCUGAACAGUCUGUUGAACAUGUUCCAAGGUCCACAUAAACUCAUUCAGAAACGCUAUGAUAAACUUCUUGAUUACGAUAGCUAUAUCAACAAGGCUGAGAAGAAUAAAGAUAAAGACAGAACUAAACAGUCUAAGCACAAGAAGAAAGACCUUGACAGCGACGAUGACGAGGUCACGACCGUCGGUAGCCCUAGACGGCUCAAGGAAAAAGUCUCGAAAGAGUCCAAACAUGCAAGGCUGAAUGAUAGUACUAGCGAAGACGAAGCAACGACUGUGGGGGCGCCCCGCCGCCUCAAAGAACGUCAUCCGAGAGAGGUGAAAGACGAGAAGGAAGUAGCCAGGAAGAACUAUGAAGCGCUCAAUAUACAACUCAAGGAUGAGUUACCUAGACUCUGUUCCAUGUCGAUGGCGCUCUUUAAAAGCUGUGUAAUCUCAUUCAUUGAAGCAGAGAGAGAUCAUAUAAACUCAACACUCAAGAGGCUUUAUCCAUUAAUUGAACUGUCAAUUGUCAAGUCGACCGAUAUGACAGACAUCAUGUCAGACUUUGAGAGCAGUCACCAAGAAGCAUCAGAAGGAAUGCUCAUCUAUUCAUUCGUACCAAGAAACUUUGAUCGUAAGGUGGAUAAAACGGACAAGAAAUCCAAGAAACCAUACACAGAGCCAAAGGUACCUGCCAGUAAACCGCCCUCAUCAAAGGCCCAGAGUGAAUCCCAGCGCCAGAGCGUCCUCUCUCGCUACCCAACGGGUCGUGUUUAUCAGGUCAAGACAAACUUCAUAGCUCAGCAGCCAAUGGACAUUAGUGUUUAUAAGGGUAACAUCGUUGGGAUUAUCAAGGAACAAGACCCCACCGGUAGCUCUGAUCGGUGGUACGUUGAUAGCGGAGCCUCCCAAGGGUUUGUACCUAUGGGUAUUUUAGCUGCAUGUAAUGAAGGUCAUUCAACGAACAUCUAUUCUAGUGAUGAUGAGGCGUACAGGGGACCAUAUAGUGAUCUUGGUUCACCGCAGUAUUACUACGCCGAAUGGGCGUUCACAGCGACCAGUCCAAAUGAACUAACGCUCACAGAGGGCGCUGUUGUGACAGUCAUCGCUGCUCAAGACACUGAAGGCAACUCAGAAUGGUGGUUAGUAGAGAAGGAUGGUGAUCAAGGUUACGUCCCAAGCACCUAUCUCGCAAAGGUCUAAACUCUUUGUCUGAAUAGGAUGCACAAAACUGAGUGAUUGAUCCUAUAGUUGAUUAAUAAUGUAUGCAAUCAAUCAUGAGAAUGGAUCUGUGAUCAAAUGCUGAGAUUCUUGUUACAAGGUCCCUGUUUAAUCCUCUACAUUAUGAAACCCUUGGCUUCUACAUGUAUGUUGUUAGUCAAAGUUGUUUGGUCAACUACAAUGUGAUGCAAAUUACUCUAGAAAUUCAGUGAAUAUAACUUCAUGACUGUACAUUGUGUGUAUGUAUCGAUCAGAGGCAUUCCAUUAUCUUGGUGUGUUUAUUAAAGAUGCACAGAAUUGAAGUUAAGUUUUAGUCUGGCAAUAGCAAUUGCAACAUCCAUUAUUUCUAUCAUUCUUCACGUGGAGUGUCGACCUACAUUGCCGAAAGCAAGCCGGGACAGACGACGAUGAUCGGGAGUAACUGGGAUAUGGUCAAAGUCAGACUUGAUUACUCAAUACACCUGAGAGAAAAACUUUGAAAUCAAAGUGAAUUGUUAUGUCACCAUUGAACUAGAACUAGACAUAUCUGGCUGAGGGGGGUGUUGCAAGAAAAUAUAUGCAAUCAAUCGCAAGUAUCCUGUUACAAUUUUACAGUUGAUUGAUCACUUUUAACUUUAGCAAAUCAGAUUACACUCCUUGUUUCACAGAGCAGUUUAGCAAUCAAUCGCAA